CUCGAGCUGUUGGUUUGCUCGGGCCUCGGAUCUCUAAAGAGAGCUCUGAAGGACACGGAAGCAAGACGGCUUCAGAAGAAGGGGAAGUCUGACUGCCGGACGCGGCCACUUCGGGCGCUGCAUCGAUACGCAGUGCCUUUUCAAGCCCUUCCCUUGGACCAGCCCGUCCACCCGUUCCAGAUCGGUGAUCAGGUCCUUGUCAAGAAAUGGAGGCGUGACCCCCUUACAUCAUGGUGGGACGGCCCGCACACUGUCUCGCUCAUCAGCCAAGCUGCAGUCAAAGUUCUUGGGAGCGACAAAUGGACUCACCAUACGCAGGUAAAGCGGUUUCUGAACCCUAACCCAGAGACUGAACUAGCGGAAGAGGACACCAGCCCUCUGCCCGCCCCGGCUCUGGACGCCCGGGGUGGCACAGGUGAAGACUCCACCUGGGAGUAUCAGUACUUGGACGGACUAAAGGGACUGUUUAGAAAAAGAUAAUGAAAUUAUUGUUAAUAUCUUUGUUUAUGUGCUUCCACCACUAUUAUGGUUGGGAAAAUAGGCUUUUACAGCUUGGGGAGACAACAGCAAAAUCCUUUAACCUCAGUAACUGUUGGGUAUGCGGAGGCCCAGGGGAAUUAGAUGAAUGGCCUUGGGUAGCCCAGCCGGUACAGCCCAAAUGGUGGCUCAGCAAUUUGAGUAUAGUCCACGAUGGAACGGGGGUUUGGACUGAGUAUAGUAGCCCCUGGCGACUGUAUUCUUCUGGAAUGGGUAGUCUCUGCCUUAAUCAGACAAGACGGGAGGGAGUGUACUUGGGAGAAAGCAAGUGUGAUUGGACUCUAUCCCCAGGGUUUGAUUGCUGGGACCCUUAUUGUCGUCCGUAUGAUUGUUCUAAAUAUCAGGGGCGAUGGAACCAGACCCAUGUGAAGCUCACCAAUAAUAGUUGGGUGAAAUGCUCCAAACAAUACUACCCUACGGCCGAAGGUUGCAGGGCAGUAGGACAGGAUGGGUUCUUCGAUGGCCUAUUCACGAGUUGCCAGCUAGCCAAUACCACUAGCAAGGACCACGUGGUACGGUGGUUUCAAUGGGCAUGGCAGAAUCAAAAUGGAACUAGAGUAUGGGGUUUUAAACAAUUCUGGUCUAACACCAAUCGGCCAAAAUGGGGCUGCGAUUGUGUCUGGAAAGCAGGAGCUGGGGCGUGGAGAUGUGAUUAUUGCAGCUCAGCUGAUGGAAUGGUGGGGGGACCUUUGGGGCCAGGCAAUCCUUUAUAUUUUGACCAUCUAGAGGACGAUGAAAACGAGGAAACCUGGGAUGGCCCCUUUGCUAAUGGAACCUGGGCUCUAAAGGGCCAUUAUUGGAUCUGCGGGUCCUAUGCCUACCGAAGAUUGCCUCCAAAUUGGUCUGGGAUAUGUUAUGUGGGAUAUAUAAGACCCUUGUUCUUUCUAUUACCCCAGAUGCAGGGAAAUAAAUUGGGAAUUAAAGUAUAUGAUGAUUUAAUUAGGGAAAGGCAGUUCGUGGAUUCCACCCUGACUGCCGGAAGCUCCCAAACCUGGGGGGCUCAGGAGUGGCCUCCCGAAAGGAUUAUACAGCAUUAUGGACCGGCCACUUGGAAUCCUAAUGAGUUAAUAUCCGGGGCCAGAGAACCCAUUUAUAACCUAAACCGAAUAAUUAGGUUACAGGCUGUCUUGGAGAUCCUAACGAACCAAACAGCCGCAGCUCUUGAUCUCUUGGCUGAUCAAUCAACCCAAAUAAGGAAUGCGAUCUACCAGCACCAUAUAGUCCUUGAUUACUUACUAGCAGAGGAAGGAGGGGUUUGUGCAAAAUUAAAUGAGUCUAAUUGCUGUUUGCAAAUUGACGAUAAUGGGAAAGCGGUAAAACAACUAACAAAGGAAAUGAGAAAGUUAGCCCAUGUCCCUGUUCAGACCUGGGGAGGGUGGAAUAUGAACUGGUUUACUUCCUGGUUACCACAACUAGACUGGCUUCGGAAAGGUUUUCUCCUCUUUGUACUCUUUAUUAUAGCUCUAUUAAUGCUAGCUUGCUUUGCUCCCUGCCUAGUUGCAUUGAUCCGACGAAUGACUAAUCAAAUUGUACACCAACGAAUGAUGGCACUAUAUCAGCCGGUAAAAGCUGAGGAUUGGGGGCCGUAGAGCUCUCAAAAUGUUUUUAAGGGGGGAGAACCUUGUUAGAGCAAAAAGAAGAACAGGAGUACUCGUGGCACCUUAGAGACUUAGAUGCAUCCGAAGAAGUGGGCUGUA